AUGCAGAUGCUGAAAAGAAUAUUUGGUCACAUCUCCAGGAACUCCACGAGUAAGAUAGCAGAUGCUGCUAAGAUUUUGCUUCCUAAGGAAAGGGUCCCUGUAUCUAAGAAUGCAAAGGAAUUAACAGAGGAGUCUGGUGAUGGAAGUAAUAGAGUUCAUUCAGGUAUCAAUAAGGAUGACUCUAUCAGAAAUUCUAAACUUGAUAAGGAUGAUAUCUGUUGGGAAGCUCAAACAAUGAGUUUGAUUGAUCACUCAAAUGUUAUUCGGGCAUAUUGUUCUUUUGUGGUUAACCAUAAUCUUUGGAAAGUCUUGCCUUUCAUGUUAGAGGGUUCAUGUUUGUACCUCAUGAAGUCAGCAUAUCCAGAUGGUUUCGAAGAGCCUGCUAUUGGUUUUGUUCUGAAAGAAACAUUUAAAGUUCUGGAUUAUCUUCAUCGACAAGAACAUAUUCAUAACGAUGCUGGAAACAUAUUGCUUGAUAACAAUGGCACAGUAAAGCUUACUAACUUUGGUGUUUCAACUUGCAUGUUUGAUGCAGGAAAUAGGCAACGUUCUAGAAAUACCUUCAUUGGAACUCCUUACUGGAUGGCACCAGAGGUCUCGCAGCCUGGAAGUGGAUAUAACUCUAAGUGA